GAUUGCACUGGAUCUGCACCCUCAGGACAAGGUUCCACUAAGCUGAAGCCAUGAGGUUCCACAGCCUCAUCCUGUUGCCCUUCCUCCUUCUGGUUGCUCAGGUGCUCUUGUUGGAGGGGAAAAAGGAAGCAAAGAACCAACAUGUCAGCAAAGCCACCACAGAUAAACUGCACACUCUGGGCAAGCCCCAGAUUGAGCAGAGAAGCCAGCAGACCAAACGGCUUACCAAAGGCAAGUUUGUCACCAAAGACCAUGCCGACUGCAGUUGGGUGGUGACUGAGCUGGGGGAGGGCAUCGCCCUGAAGGUCGAGUGUACCCGACAGGACAACAAGUUUUCCUGUGUCUUUACCGGCAAUCCAAGCUCGUGCCUAGAGUCGAACAACAAGAACGUCUAUUGGAAACAAAUUGGCCGGAGUUUGCGCUCUCAGAAGGCCAUCUGUGGGGACUCCAGGAGUGUCCUGAAGACCAAGGUGUGUAGAAAGAAGUUUCCAGAAUCCAAUCUCAAGCUAGUGAGCUCCACUUUGAUUGGGAGCAAGAGACCCAGCCAGGAGUACAUGGAGCCCUCUCCCAGCAAGCAGAGCAAGGUCACUGAGGCGUCCCUCACGGAGCCUAACAAGGUCAACCAGGUUUCCUCCAGGGAGCAGCUCAAGGUCAAAGAGAACACCCUUACCAGCCUGGGGGAGACCCUACCCACGACCACCAAAAAUACCGAGUGUGUGGAUGACCCAGAAUUAGUAAACCAGAGGAAGUCAGCCCUGGACUACUGCGGAGAGUCCUGGAGCUCUUUCUGCAUGUUCUUCCUCAGCAUGAUACAGAGCAACACAUGCUAACGAGGUCAAAACAGAACAGAGUCCACCAGGAGUUGUCACAUCAAAGCUCUUCAAUAUGCUGUAAAGUUCUCCAAGUAAGAUGAACAUUUGUGCUAUGAGAGUGCAGUGGAAUAUUUAAACAGAUUUUGUAAUUUUUGUUUUCGUGUUUUGGAAUUUGCUUUAUAUUCACGUGAUUUUCAGAGGUUGUUCACCAAAGUGUAUGUUUCCAUGGCCCACUGAGCUAUAUGCAUAUGAGCAGUGAGGACCAGUAUUCGAGCUGAAUGAGCCAGAGUGAUUUCAGUGUGAUGCACUUUCUGCUGAAUUAUCAAAGAUAAUAAAGCUCUGGUAGUCUUUCAGAAAU